AUCAAAUAAUGAUUAUUAAAACUCAAGGCUGUUGAGCUUUAUUCUCCUAUGUUAAUUUCUUAAUUUUAUUUAAUUUCAAGCACAAGAAAACCUGUAAACAACGUUUAAUAAUUAUUUUGAUUAUGCACAGACAAUGCGGAUGAUAUUUUGUCUUUGUUAAAUAUUAGCUCACAAUAGGUAGCAGAAGUAGGAAGUUCAGUUCCAGAGGCGUAAUGACCAGACCACCAAAUGAAAAUUUACCAACUGUCAAAUUGGUAGUAGUUGGAGAUGGAGGUGUUGGUAAAAGUGCCAUUACCAUUCAGUUUUUCCAGAAGCUUUUCGUUACUGACUAUGAUCCUACUAUAGAAGACAGUUACCUGCAGCAUGUCGAAGUUGAUGGCCAGUGGUGUAUGCUGGAUGUGCUCGAUACUGCAGGACAAGAGGAAUUCAGUGCAAUGCGAGAACAGUAUAUGAGAAAAGGAGAUGGAUUUUUAUUGGUUUAUUCAGUUACUGAUAAAAACAGCUAUGAAAACAUCACACAUUUUCAUACUCAGAUUUUACGUGUCAAAGAUAGGGACACCUACCCCAUGUUAUUAGUUGCCAACAAGGUAGAUCUUGUUCAUUUAAGAAAAGUGACUGAAGAACAAGGAAGGGAUUUAGCUCACAGGCUAGGAAUCCCCUACAUCGAGACCAGUGCUAAAGAUCCACCUCUUAAUAUAGACGCCACUUUUCACGAGGUAGUAAGAAUUAUACGAAAUCAACCCCAAAAUGAAAACGACAAACGAAAAAAGAAGAAACUCCAGAAGUUGGGCAAGUGCAUAUUAUUAUAAGUAUCUGUUGAUUUUUGAGAGCUUUUUAUCUUAUUUUUAGGAUAUAAAUAUAUAAGCUUUAAUGUUAUACAAAUGUUCAAUGUUGGAUGUGUUGUACCAGAACGUUUUUUUUAUUAACAGCAACUACUUUUACCAAAAUCAUGCAAUAUAAAGGAAAUAUUACUUUAUAUAUUACAAAUUUAUGGCACAAUCUUAUAUUUUAGUAUAUUUAUUUUGGUAAGAGUAUAUUUUUCUACAGUGAAACUGAAGUAUUUCGAUUUAAAGCCAGUCAGUUGUUGUGCUAAAAUUAUAUUAUACAAAAAGGCUGAUUUGUAUUUUGCUACAUAAAUGCACAUUUUUUAUCAAAAAAAAAAUUUUUUGGUUAUUGAAAAUAUUUCGUAAUGGUCCGCUAAAGUUUUAUGGUACAGGAGUGGGAGAAGAAAAAAGAAUUGGGUUAUUAAGAACACUAGAAACUUACAAAAAUAGUACUUACUUAUAAUUAACAACUAGAAAUGAUGAGAAAUUAGAAACAGUUACUCAAAAUUUACUAAAUGUGACAAAAGUAAGAAACAGUUGAUAAAAAAUAUACUUUUUGCAAAGUAUAUUUGGAUGAAUGCUUCUAUGUGACUACUGUUCAAGAAGAAGCGACUCUAGAACUUUGAUUUACAACAAAUUUCAAUAAAACAGUCAAUAAAUGUCUAUAAAACCAUUUGAAGGUUAUUACAAAUGAGGAAUUAUUAAAAGUCACUCAAAAUAAACUAAAUGUGACAAAAAGUAACAAAAAAGUUAGAUAAAUGCUUCUAGGUGAGCAUUGCUAUAGAAAAAGUGACUCUAGAAUUGUUAAACACAAACAAAUUAUGGGUUUUUGUGAAAUAUGGGUGAUUUUUUUGGAAAUAUUCAUAAUUCUCCACUCUUGUGCCAUUAUAAUUUAGUGUAGUCCAUUAUAUUAUUAGCACUAAGAACCUCACUGGCAGAAAUAACAUACCAAAGGAAGUUUUUACACAAAGCAGAACAAAAGAAAAGAUAUUUAUAUAUGCAUUAUUUUUGAUUUUAAAAAUAUUUGCUAAAAUUGCUCAAGUUUUAUAUGUUUAAAAAGGCACAAUUUUGGUUUUUAAAUAUUGUGUAUCUUAUUGAGCCAUGCAGCAAUAUUAUGUUUGGAUUUUAUA